AUGUCCAGGGUGUAUACCACCUUCACCCGCCCGGUUCUUUCUUUAUCACUGUUAAAGUUUACUGUUAUUAAGUCUUUCAUUUUUAUUUCAGGUGGUUUGUCAAAUCAGAAAAUUCAGAAGAAGGGUUGUGUCCUGCCUGAAAAGUGUGGCGAGUAUUCAGAAGAUUAUAGAGUGGUCAAGAGCCUUCUUAUUUCCAAAUGCUGCAACUCAGACCUCUGCAACACUGAACCUGUCCCUGAACCCAGCGAACCCGUUCCAAAUGGCUUACAAUGCUUUGGCUGUUUUGAAAAGGACUGCGACAAAAUUGUUAACUGUGAAGGAAUCCAGGAUCACUGUUAUACACAAACAAUGUCAGUCGAUGCAGUUACACUGACACUAAAAGGCUGUGUUUCAAAGAAUGUAUGCUCCACUGGAGAAAGUAACUCAGUGGAAGAAUCUCUUGGUAACAAAAGUCGCUGCUGCCAGGGGAACUUAUGCAACGCUGCUCCUACUGAUGCUCUGAAGUGUUACCAGUGCUCAACAUCAAAUCCAGGGGGCUGCACUGACAAAAAAGAGGAAGUGCAAUGUCCUGACAAGAAUCAUCAGUGUGCUUCAGUCUAUAAAAAAGAUAAAUAUCCCACCUUUGACUUGUUUAAUUAUCAACUAAAGGGUUGUGUCCCAUCUGAACUAUGUGGGAAUUUUUCAACUGACUACGGAGAUAAGAAAAUGUUUAAAAUGAUCCAGUGCUGCAACUCAGACCUCUGCAACGGACAACUCAUCUCUGAACCGGAAUCUGUUCCAAAUGGCAAAACGUGCUGUCUUGGAAAAAAAUGCAGCAGAACUCUGAAAUGUGAAGGGAACAUGGACCAAUGUUUUACAACAACAACUGCUGUUCUAUCACUUGAAGGGAUCGAGAAAGGCUGCACUACAAAGGAUCACUGCGCUUUGAAAACAGAAUUUAAGCAUAAAUAUUUUGGUAGCAACGUCACCUGCUGCCAAGGUAACAAUUGCAACCAACCUAAGAUCACACCAACUGUCAAAAGCAGCGCCAUCACUGCAACUGCCAGUACUAGCAUCUUUGCAGGACUGUUGAUCUUUUUGGUUUUGUUUUCAUAAGUGAUGACACAGCUGAUUUUCCUUUUUGCUGUCAUCUAAUAGGUACCAAUCUGUAAUGGCCCAUCUUUGAUACUUUUGACCAAAGUGGGAGGCAAAAAGUAUAUAAUGUUGCCAAAACUAAAAUGUAUUUUUUUGGGGAUAGUUGAGAAUAUUCAGUACUUUAAAAUUUUACAAACCUAUUUUUUUAAUUUUUUGUACUGUAAGAAUGAUGUAUGUCCAAUUCCCCAGUACAAUGUACAACAAAAUGAAGGAUCUUUGUGGGUUUUCAAUAAACAAUAACUGUUAAAAA